GCUACUUGUUUCCACUUUCCCCCUUACCUUUUCUUUUCCCGCCCCUUUUGCAGCUAUCUGCAUCGGAUUCUUGCAAUCACAUUUUGCGCCCAGCUCCAUUACGCGCGUGGACUUCUGUCGCAAAGACGAAUCUUGAUUAUCAUUUGGAACGUAUCUUGUUUGACUCUCCGAUCACGAUUUUGCUACGUUUUCUCAAGAAUACAUAUUGAUCUUUUGACGAUGAUGAAUCCUUACCUCAGUUGGGCUAUUCUGCUCGUGGUAGCAGGUGGCCUGGGCUGGUACUACAAUGGCCCUGUCCCCAAAACUAAAGCCCCCAUAAAACCUAUCGUGGAGAAGGCCGAGAACGCGGUGGGCGCGAAGAAACCCAAGAAGAAGACGAAGAAGUCUCCGGAACCGUCUCCUGCCCCCGCUAAAGCAGAGGAAAAGCCAGUGCAGACUCCCAAGAUCGAGGAGGCUGAUGUGGCGGAUGAGGAAAUCGACAAGAAAGAGAUGGCCAAGCGCUUUGCCGCUGUGAAGAACGGUGCUCCCCUUAAGGAAAGCAACAAGGACAAGGCUCAAAAGAAGAAGAACAAGAAGGGAACGUCCAGUCAGCCCGCCGCUAGCAACAACGAGCGAUCUGCCUCCCGCGUCUCUACUCGUGCCUCAUCCACUACCGGAGCCGAGGCCGAUGAUGACCUCUCUCCAGCUGGAUCCCCUAAGGUUAAUGCCAGUGCGUCUGCUGCUGGAUACGUUUCUGACAUGCUUGAGGCUCCUGCCCCAGCAGCGUCAGUUCUCCGUGUGACGGGCUCUUUGGAAUCGGAUUCCCAGAAGAAGAAGCAGAAGCCUCAAUCCUUCAAGCAGGUUGAAACCAAGAAGCAACGCCAACAGCGCCUGAAGAACGAAGCCCGGAAGCAGCAGGUCCAGGAAGCUGAGGAGGAGAGACGUAAAUUGCUGGAGAAGCAGCUCCACACCGCUCGCGAAUCUGAGCGCCGUGAAGCUGCCAAGUCCAAGCCAGCUGCCCAACCUAAUGCCUGGCAGACUCAGAGCGCGAACAAGGUUACCAAUGGCAAUGUUACCAACGGCACUCACAAGACUGCUCCGGCCCCUAAGGUUGAACUGUUAGACACAUUCGAACCUGAAAACUCGUCCGCUGCUGCAUCCUCCAAGGAAUGGGAUCAGGGUCUCCCAUCUGAAGAGGAGCAGAUGCGCAUUCUCGGCGCAGGGAACGGUGAGGACCAGUGGACCACCGUGGCUAGCAAGAAGAUCAAGAAGAAGGGCGUCAAAACCGAUGACAGCGAAGUCAGCGCUGUUGAAGACCAGCCUACCCCGGUCGCACCUGCACCUGCACCUGUUGAGCCCAAGGUGAAGAUCACUCCUACCUACCUUCCUGAUGUCCUCCGCUCCGGAAAGAAGGGACAUCCUCUCGACUCCGAUUGGGCUGCUUGAGCAGCCUUGGAGCUUCUUAAAGAACUGAAAAGGUACAUGGUUUAGGUGUAUCUUUCGGGAAUUUUUUUCUCAUGGAAAUCUUUUCGAUUUCACUGUAUGUAUUAUUCAUGGCUUCGGCGUUCGGGGUCUUUUAUCACACUAAAAAUGCACCACGCAGCCGGCGAGGUGUGAUUUCUUCUGCGAUGUCAGCACAGGGAACAUCAGCCUCAACCACCCAAAACCAAGAAAAACCCCCUAAAAAAAUAGAGCCGUGUAAUAUUUUAUUUUUUAUUUUUUC